GUAUAUGUGUGUGUGUGUGAAGGCGCCACGUCGGCAGAACCAGCAGGGUGAAAAGAGACCUGCGUAGCUGUGCCUGUACUGUGUGUGAAGCGAAGUUAGAAAGCAGCAGAUUAAUGCCAUGAAGGCGUGAAAAGCGAGAAGAAGAAGAAUUAGAAGACGAAGAAGAAGAGAAGAGAGGAGGAGGAGGAGGCCAUUAACAGAGCAGCAGGUUUCACACACACAGACAGAAAUUCAUUAAUUUACAGAGAGCAGAGUUUGGUUCGGAGGCUGAAGCAGAAGCUGCUCCUGUCUCAAGUUUCUCUGCCAGGUGUGUUUGUGGGACAAGCGCUGGGAACAAUGGUGAAGAAUGUGAACAGCGUUAGCGUGGAGCCCCAGCCUGGGACCAGCGUGGCCUCGGACGAAGCUGAACUCGCCUACAGCCAGCCUACAGAGGAUUCUGGUAAGGACCACGUGGCGCCUGCCCCUGGUAUGAUGUGGCGGGUGACCGGCGGCCUCUUCAACGUCACCAAGGGAGUUGUGGGCGCCGCGGUGGGCGGGGUGGCCUGGGUGGGCGGCAAGAGCCUGGAGAUAACCAAGUCGGCCGUGACUACAGUGCCCUCGAUGGGGGUGGGGCUGGUGAAGGGCGGGGUGUCUGCCGUGGCCGGCGGCGUCUCCACGGUGGGCUCGACGGUAGCCAGCAAAGUCCCCUUCACAGCCAAGAGGAAAGACAAGGCCGAGUGAAGAGGAGGAGGAUGGUGAAGAUGAUGACGAUGAUGAUUGAUGAUGGACUUGCCCCGCCCUGAGCCAACAGACAGAGGCUGCCAGCUGAUCUUUGUCUGCCAAUCAAAUUCCACAGUGCCUUCUGAUGCCUUUCUCGGUCUUGAACGUGGUAGUCUUGUCACCAUACAGAGAUCUCUAGAUUUUGAUGCAAAUACUACAUUCAGUACAGAAAAAUUCAGUAGUACUACGAUACCAUGGCAACCCAGAAUUACCAGCAAGAAACGCUGAGUCACUGAAACGCAUCAAACGAAGUUCCUCAUCUGACUUGGAGUUUGAACUCGAAUAUCUGGCUCCAGGCAGAUUACUGGGACUGGGAUCCACUUCAGCACGUGGUGGAUGACUUUAUGAAUAUUUUUUUAUCUAUUUACAAUCCAGACUGAUGCUGUUUCUUUCUUCUCUUCACUCUUUCCAAACUACACAUAUUUGGUGAAAUGUUUCUGAAUUAAGAUGCUGAUUUUUAGUCUGUUUUUUUUUUUUGCAAAGGUAUUGAAGUACUAUUGAAAGCUGUGUGACAAGAAUAGUGUGUUGUUUCAGCGUUGGAAGCGAAGGAGCAGCAGCAUUCCUCGGUGUACAGGCUUCACUGUGUCUGACCUUCUUUAAUCCUUUGGAAGAGCCUGGGGCGGUGUUUCACCCAGCAGCCUCGGAUCUGCAUGUAGGAACACUUCUCUGAAAUGCAUGUCUGAAGACUGUAGACACAAUCGCAAGUACACCAACACGCUCAGGCCUUUUCCACAGUUAUAUCAUUGUUGAAAUGUUUUGUUUUCUGUGUGUGUGAAAUGUUAUGAUGCUGCGUUGGACCUUGACAAGUUGAAUUUUUUUAUUUUAUUUUACGAUUUAACAAAAAAACAUUCAGCAGCGUUUGAUUCAUUGAUGGUUGUUUGAGAGGAAAAGUGCCCGAUGUUGUCUGAACUGGUCAGUCAGUAAAGGUUGAACUGUACCUUUUUAAUCAGAAGGUGAACUGUACUGUGGUGCAGGCAACAUUCGUGAACAUUUCUAUGCAAUAUCCGCAUAUCAAUGCAACAUUUGGAGUGAGUAGAAGCUGUUGCUGAUGGGACUGAACUAUGUGAAUGUCUUGUAUGUGUUUUUUUUUUUUUUUUUUCAAUAUAUCAAUAAAGUAGUUUGGAAAGUUAAA